AUGAAGCAAUCUUGCUCCAGAACAAGGAAACCACAAGUCAAAGGCAGCACUUGGAUCUUUGGCUAUUUCCUCCUUUGGCUCUGUAAAAAAGUGAAGCUUUUCAGCUUUGGGCCACGAUGGGCAUCCUGGAAUAUUGGUGUGUUCAUCUGUAUCCGCUGUGCUGGGAUCCACAGGAACCUGGGAGUGCACAUAUCCAGGGUCAAAUCCGUCAACCUCGACCAGUGGACGCAGGAACAGAUACAGUGUGUGCAGGAGAUGGGAAAUGGCAAAGCAAAUCGUCUCUAUGAAGCUUACCUGCCUGAGAACUUCAGGAGGCCUCAGACAGAUCAAGCUGUGGAAAGCUUCAUCAGGGAUAAAUAUGAGAAGAAGAAGUACAUGGACCGAAGCAUCGACAUCAAUGCGUUCAGGAAAGAAAAGGAUGAUAAGUGGAAGAGGAGCAACGAGGCAGUGUCAGAAAGGAAACUGGAACCCAUCAUCUUUGAGAAGGUGAAAAUGCCUCAGAAGAAAGAAGAAACGCAGCAAUCCAGGAAAAGCUCUCCUAAAUCUGAACCAGUCAUAGACUUGUUGGGACUUGAUGCUCCUGUGACCACCCCAAUCCCCAAUGGCAGGCCCAGCAGCCUGGAGAAGGACCUCGAUCUCUUUGCAUCCAUGGGAUCAUCAAGCUCAGACUCCAGGAAGGUCAUUGGCUCUAUGCCCACAGCUGGAAGUGCUGGAUCUGUUCCUGAAAACCUGAAUCUCUUCCCUGAGCCUGGAGGCAAAGGGGAGGAGGUGGGGAAGAAACAACUCUCUAAAGAUUCCAUCCUGUCCUUGUAUGGCUCCCAAACACCUCAGCUACCUGCACAAGGUGCAAUGUUCAUGGCUCCAGCUCAGAUGGCCUAUCCUGCAGCUGCCUAUCCCAGUUUCCCAGGAGUGCCCCCAUCCAGCAGCAUGCUGGGAGGGCUGGUGGCCCCACCAGUGGGGCUGGUGGCCCAGCCUGGAGCCACGGGGGUGGUGCCACCCGUGGGGGUCCCAGCAGGGUACGUGGGCAGUGUGCAGACAGCAGUGCUUGGAAUUCCCAACGGGAUGCUCCCUGCACAGCAGCCUGGCUACGUGGCUGGCAUGGCAGCACUGCCCCAGCCCCUCUACAGUGUCCAACCUGCACAGCAGCUGCACUGGAACAUUGCUCAGAUGACCCAGCAGAUGGCUGGGAUGAACCUCUACGGAGCCAACGGCGUGAUGGGCUAUGGGCAGCCCAUGGGAGGAGGAGCUGCCCAGGGCAGCAAUCAGUCCCUCAGCACUCAGCUCUGGAAAUGA